CCGGCGGGGCGGGGGCGUAGCCGCCUCCGGCCCGCCCUCGGCCGCCUCGGAAACGCGGUGCGGAUAAGACCAGCUGGAGAGGCGAGCGCGGGAGUAGUUCCGCUCCGAGGGCGGAAGUGCGCGUCCAGGUCUCUCCCGUGGCUCAGCCAGCAACAUGGUAGCGCCGCUGCUGGAAAUAACUCACGUGUUUUGCUGCCCAAACCGGGUGCGGGGAGCCCUGAGCUGGAGCUCCGGGUCCGGGGGACUUUUGGCCUUCGGCACGUCCUGCUCCGUGGUGCUGUAUGACCCUCAGAAAAGAGUUGUUAUUACCAACCUGAAUGGCCACACUGCCCGAGUUAAUUGUGUACAGUGGAUUUGUAAACAAGAUGGUUCUUCUUCUACCGAAUUAGUUUCUGGAGGAUCUGAUAAUCAAGUGAUUCACUGGGAAAUCGAGAAUAAUCAGCUUUUAAAAGCAGUCCAUCUCCAAGGCCACGAAGGAGCUGUGUAUGCAGUGCACGCUCUUCACCAGAGGAGGGCAUCAGAUGUUGAACUACAUACACUGAUUGUUUCUGCAGCUUCUGAUUCUACUGUUCGAGUCUGGUCUAAAAAGGGUUCAGAGGUAACGUGUGUUCAGACCUUGAACUUUGGAAAUGGAUUCACUCUGGCUCUCUGCUUAUCUUACUUGCCUAAUACUGAUGUACCAAUAUUAGCAUGUGGCGAUGAUGACUGCAAAAUUCACUUAUUCGUUCAAAGAGAUGACCAGUUUCAGAAAGUGCUUUUUCUCUGUGGACAUGAGGAUUGGAUAAGAGGCGUGGAGUGGGCAACCUUCGGUAGAGAUCUUUUCCUAGCAAGCUGUUCACAAGAUUGCCUGAUACGAAUAUGGAGACUGUAUAUAAAAUCAACAUCUUUAGAAAUUCAAGAUGAUGAUAAUAUAAAACUGAAGGAGAAUACUUUUACAAUAGAAAAUGAAAGCAUUAAAAUAGCAUUUGCAGUUACUCUGGAGACUGUGCUGGCUGGUCAUGAAAACUGGGUAAAUGCAGUUCAUUGGCAGCCUUCCUUCCACAAAGGCAUUAGCUUUUAUUCUUCAGAUGGUGUUCUUCAGCAGCCAAUGAGAUUGUUGUCUGCCUCAAUGGAUAAAACCAUGAUUCUCUGGGCUCCAGAUGAAGAGUCAGGAGUUUGGCUAGAACAGGUUCGAGUAGGGGAAGUAGGUGGAAAUACUCUGGGAUUUUAUGAUUGCCAAUUCAAUGAAGAUGGUUCCAUGAUCAUUGCUCAUGCUUUCCAUGGAGCAUUGCACCUUUGGAAACAGAAUGCGGCAAAUCCAAGAGAGUGGACCCCAGAGAUUGUUAUUUCAGGACACUUUGAUGGUGUCCAAGACCUAAUGUGGGAUCCAGAAGGAGAGUUUAUCAUCACUGUUGGUACUGACCAGACAACUCGACUUUUUGCUCCGUGGAAGAGAAAAGACGAAUCACAGGUGACGUGGCAUGAAAUUGCCAGGCCUCAGAUACAUGGAUAUGACCUGAAAUGUUUGGCAAUGAUUAGUCGGUUUCAGUUUGUAUCUGGAGCAGAUGAAAAAGUUCUUCGAGUAUUUUCUGCACCUCGGAAUUUUGUGGAAAACUUUUGUGCCAUUACGGGCCAGUCACUGAAUCUUUUGCUUUGUAAUCAAGACGGUGACCUUCCAGAAGGAGCUACUGUCCCUGCUUUGGGGUUAUCAAAUAAAGCUGUCUUUCAGGGAGAUAUAGCUUCUCAGCCUUCUGAUGAAGAGGAACUGUUAACUAGUACUAGUUUUGAGUAUCAACAAAUGGCCUUUCACCCCUCCGUACUUACUGAACCUCCCACUGAGGAUCAUCUUCUGCAGAAUACUUUAUGGCCUGAAGUUCAAAAACUAUAUGGACAUGGUUAUGAAAUAUUUUGUGUUGCUUGUAGCAAUUCAAAGACUCUGCUUGCCUCAGCAUGUAAGGCAGCUAAGAAAGAACAUGCAGCCAUCAUUCUUUGGAACACUACAUCUUGGAAACAGGUGCAGAAUUUAGUUUUUCACAGUUUGACUGUCACACAGAUGGCCUUCUCACCCAACGACAAGUUCUUACUAGCUGUUUCCAGAGAUCGAACCUGGUCACUGUGGAAAAGGCAAGACAUAAUCUCGCCUGACUUAGACCCAGUUUUCAGCCUCUUCGCCUUCACCAACAAGGUAACUGCUGUGCACAGUAGAAUUAUUUGGUCUUGUGAUUGGAGUCCCGAUAGCAAGUAUUUCUUCACUGGGAGUCGGGACAAAAAGGUGGUUGUGUGGGGCGAGUGCGACUCCAGUGAUGACUCCGUGGAGCACAGCAUCGGCCCCUGCUCCUCUGUCCUGGACGUGGGCGGAGCAGUGACAGCCGUCAGUGUCUGCCCGCUGCUUAACCUUUCCCAACGGUAUGUUGUUGCAGUAGGAUUAGAGUGUGGAAAGGUUUGUCUAUACACAUGGAAAAAGACUGAUCAAGUUCCAGAAAUAAAUGACUGGACCCACUGUGUAGAAACAAGUCAAAGCCAAAGUCAUACACUUGCUAUCAAAAAAUUAUGCUGGAAGAAUUAUAAUGGAAAAACUGAACAGAAUGAAGCAGAAGGCGCCGAAUGGUUACACUUCGCAAGUUGUGGUGAAGAUCACACUGUGAAGAUAUACAAAGUUAACAGACGUGCAUUGUGAUGGGCUUAAUAACUACAGGCAUGUGGUCAUUGGUGUCUGAAGAUAUUUAUCCUGUAAAUAGACGACUUUCUUUACCUUAUAAUUUCAUCGAGUUUAAUUUUUAAAUCCUAUAGCAGUAGUGCUUACUGGGUCACAGAUCCUUUGAAAUCUGAUGAAAGCUGCACACUCUUUCCUCACAGACAGACAUACGCUCACACCCUCAGAACCUGGCCCACACUUUCAGGGAUUCAGACCUGCAUCCCUGUGUCCCAGAUUAAGAACCACUCUUGUUCUUGUUCUUUUUUUUUUUUUUUUUUUUUAAAGAUUUUAUUUGUCUGACAGAGCAUAAGCAGGGGAGCAGCAGGCAGAGGGAGAGGGAGAAGCAGACUCCUCGCUGAGUAAGGAACCUGAUGGGGUGCGCCAUCCCAAGGUCAUGACCUGAGCUGAAGACAGAGGCUUAAGCAACGGAGCCACCCUGGCUUCCCCAACCUCCGUUCGUUCUUUAUGAGUGAAUUUGCCUGAUUCUGUGUUAUUUUGGGCCUUUACAUCUUUUCAUAUGCCCUUCUUUGGGACAUUUCAUUAUUUAUUACCCUCUUCAAAGAGAGGACGCAGAAAAUAAAAAGAGAAAACCCAGAGUACUCAAUUUUUAUUUUAACAGCUUUUGUAAAUAAACAGACUAUACUUUC